AUGCCAGCUGCGUCUGCAGGCACUUAAAUGGCCUUGUCCUGCGCCGUGUAACCACCUCGGCAUGCAGCGAUCAUCUGGCAGCCACUCCCAACGUCUGAGCGGGUUCCUUCACUCAGCUACCAGCAUGGCGCAAAGAGAACCAAAGCGUCCUGACGGGCGAAUCGUCAUCAUUGGCGCGCGUGAGGUCGGCAAGACUCAUCUCCUAUUGUGGUUCCAGCGCGCAUUUUCAAAGCCAAACUUGAACACCGAUGAGCACACAUGGAUCGAGAGGCAGAUAGCGAAGUGCCUCGACCACAACAGCACUAUUCAUCGGAACAUGCAGACACAUGCGGAAGUUUGGGCUGAUGUACCGCAUAACAUCGAGAUUUUUGAGGUCCCCAAUCUGACUUCGGAUAUCAGCAAAGAUCUAGCAAGACAGUGUACUCCCAGAACAGUGGUCUUGCUGUUAUACGAUCCUAGGCAGCCAUCCACGCUCACUCAAGUUUUGGACUGGUGGGAUGAACUCAAGAAGGCCUUGCCUGAUGAGGCCUCGUUCACGGAGCCCAUUCUUGUUGCUACCCACUCUGACCAGCAGGAUCAGUGGAGCGAUGAACACAAGGACCAGCUAGCCAAAUACCCGGAUAUCACCUACUUCGAUGUUUCUCUCAACACCGGCGAAGGUGUUCGAGAGCUCAUCGAUGGGGCAUUGCUGGCAAUAGCAUGCCCAGACAUUGCGAUGCAGCCUGGCAAUGACACACGCAACGAGAACGAGAGCCCGAACACCACGACCGAUGAGGGACCGGAGACGCAGACGUCACAUGCUAAGCACGAUGAGGAGCCGCAGGCCGAGAUUCCACCUACUGAGUCGCUCAAAGAGGAUGCGCAGACGGAGGAUGAGAUGUUCGAGGAUCCGUGCAGCGAGAAGGCAAAACCAUGUGACGCCUGUCGUAAAGCAAAGACUCGAUGCAUCAAGAGCCCCGAGGGCUCAGGCACCACGCCCUGUAUCCACUGCAGUCUUAGGGGCACUGCUUGUACAUAUCGCGAUGGCCCUCUGGCACGUUCCUCGACUGCCGCGCGGGAAAACAGCCCGCAUCUUGCAGAGAUUCCCACAAAUGCGUCCCAGAGCUCUCGAAGUGUCAAUGGCGACAGCUCCGCGCCAACACCAAGCCGGCCGAGGCAAGAGAGGUUGGGCGAGGCCUCGCAACCCUCAUUCCCACGAAAUGCCAGUGUUGCAGGCACAGUCGACGGCACGGUUCGUGCGCCGGCGGCUCUGACGGCUUCUGGCCCGCCCCAGCUAGGAUACAUCGCCAACCGCUUCUCUGAACUGUACGGGCUUGGCAGUGACAUGGAGCCUAUACUUAUGCGACACCGACCAUAUGACCCGAACUCGCAUGAGUACCAUCUAGGCACACAUGGCAUCAGACGAGUGCUCCACCGGUAUCAAGCGCAGGAUUACCCCCUCACCUUCCACAUGGUGGCGGAUACCAGAGCCAUCGAUCACGAAGAACUGGAAUCGGAGGUCGAGGCCAUCGAGGCACUCGUCCAGCCGUGGGGACCAAAACUACUGGAGCUGUUCUGGCGACACGUUCAGCCCUCGUAUCCAAUCAUCUCCAAAGAUGGUCUCAUGCAAGCCUACGAGCACAGAGAUGCACCAUGCCCUUUAAUUGGUGCCAUUUACCUAGUGGCGAACGGGUCGCCACAUCUCUCGAGUGACCCGCAUACCAGGCCCGAUCUCGUGCCCUCAUGGUGGACUGGACAGCUGCGCGGCAGGGGGCCCCGUUUGAAGGCUCAGCUUGCUAGAAUGCCAUGACUGCAUCAACCUGAUAUCACGCAAACUCUCUUCGAUGAGACGGGGCCGGCGCAAUCAGAAGCUGAAGAUAGUAUUUGUGGUGCUUGAUAUUAAACCUGCUAUGGAAAGAAAGUACGACAAAAGAAAACUACUGAUUGUCCAGAGCAGAGGUGUUGUAGUAGGUGCUUCCAAGGAGCCUUCUAGGGCAUUACCAGCCUUGAGCGUGGUAGCCGCCCUGAGUGUCGCGGUUGAAAUACUGGUUCCAGCUCGUCGAGGGCUCAUCGGCCGCCUUGUUCAUAUGUACCUUUUCGGGGUACUGCUUCAGGUUAGCAACGUUGAGCGAAGUGUGUCGCCUCUUGAGCACAGCAUUCGCGGUCUUGGUCUUGUGCUCCCUCUCCCAGAGCAGCUGGCGGCGAAGAGACUCGGUGAGCUCAUUCGCUAGCAUGUUAAGGCGUGUGGUGCGAGGUGAGAGC